CGCCUAGGGCAUUCAGACCGGAUCCUCCCCAUUCCAUUCUCUCUGCCUUUCCUUUCUAUCCCGGACCAAGCUACCAUAUUCCCUUAUCCAAGUUAGAAGGGGACCGUCACCUCUCCACUGUACUUAGCCUACUCUACGAGUACCGGUACUGCCUUUACUGCCCACAAUAACUUUUUUGCACCCUCAGCAUCAUCAGAGCCGUCCCUCCCCGAUAUCGCCCACCCAUCCAUCUUCUCUCCUCUUUCCUCUUCCUCUUCCUUCUUCCCACUUAAAUCUCACAGCUCUCCCUUUCCUUCCUUUAUCUCUCUCCUCUUCCCGAUUCUUCUCAUCUCCCUCCAUUCUCAUUAUACGCGCUCCCGUUGGAACUUACCCUUCCGCUGAAGCCUAAUUCUGCAACUUUACCGUUACCCAUCAUCCCCCACUCCUGUGUCUGGCUCCCCCUUCUUACGACAACCAUAUUCGACAUGUCUUUCCAAGAUAAGGCCCAAAAUCUCGUCUCUCAGCUCGAUAAAGAGCUCUCGAAAUACCCUGCUCUUAACAAUCUCGAGAAACAAACCGGUGCUCCUAAAGUAUAUGUUGUCCUCGGACUUGGAUUCGUAUACUUUUUUAUGAUCUUCAUCAACUAUGGCGGCCAACUCUUGACAAAUCUCGCCGGGUUCCUCAUUCCCGGUUAUUACUCACUCAACGCACUCUUCACCCUCACCAAGGUUGACGAUACACAAUGGCUUACUUACUGGGUUGUAUUUGCAUUAUUCAGUGUGAUUGAGUCUGCUAUCUCUGUUACCUACUGGCUACCAUUCUAUUACGUCUUCAAGUUUGCUUGUAUAAUGUGGCUUGGUCUCCCUCAAUUCGGUGGUGCUCAACUUAUCUUCCGUUCAUUCCUCCAGCCUAUCUUUGCCAAGCAAUUUACUGGCCGUGCCAACGCUGCAUCCUCUAACCUCCGUGCAAAGGCUGAUGUUAUCUCUGCUGAUAAGACGUUGUAAAAGGCCAAACGAUACGAUGCUCACUCUAAUGCAACGCAAGGCUGCCGGUAUGACGCAUGCGCACGAAGACACGAUGGCCAGCCACUGGGUUUAUAUUUUUAUUGGGUUUAUUCUCUUUUAGUCAAAAGUCAACGUAGGCAAAAAUGGGAUCAAUGAGCGGUUAAUGAUCUUUUUUUCCUUUUUUUCCCCCUCGCUUCAAGGGUCUAUUUCCUUGGUAUCUUAUUUCUUUCUCUUCCUUUCUUUUCCUUCCCCACCCUCCCUUUUUUUUUUUUUUUUUGUAGAGUCCGGCUUUGUUCUAUAGUCUAGGGUUCCCUUGGUUCCAUUUGCGCGCUUGGCCCUUUUUUGUAGGGAGAUAAUGCAGCCGACUUCUUUGAAAAGAAAGACAGCCUGGGGAAACGAUUUCUCUGAAUUGAGAGGAACGGAGAGAGAAAGGAAAGCCUUGCAUUUGCAA